GAGGUGGGAAGCAUCAUCGGAAAGAAAGGGGAGACGGUGAAGAAAAUGCGGGAAGACAGCGGCGCCCGCAUCAACAUCUCAGAGGGUAACUGUCCCGAGCGGAUAGUCACCAUCACCGGGCCGACGGACGCCAUCUUUAAGGCCUUCGCCAUGAUAGCCUACAAGUUCGAAGAGGAUAUCAUCAAUUCCAUGAGCAACAGUCCGGCCACCAGUAAACCCCCAGUGACCCUGAGGCUUGUCGUCCCCGCCAGCCAGUGUGGCUCCCUCAUCGGGAAAGGAGGCUCCAAAAUCAAAGAAAUGCGAGAGUCUACAGGAGCCCAGGUCCAGGUGGCUGGUGACAUGCUCCCCAACUCCACUGAGCGGGCGGUGACCAUCUCCGGGGCCCCCGAGGCCAUUAUCCAGUGUGUCAAACAGAUAUGUGUGGUGAUGCUGGAGUCCCCACCGAAAGGUGCCACCAUCCCCUACCGCCCCAAGCCUGCCUCCACCCCUGUCAUUUUUUCAGGUGGCCAGGUAAGAGCAGACCCACUGGGGGCGUCCACAGCCAACCUCAGCCUCUUACUGCAGCACCAGCCACUGCCUGCUUAUACCAUACAAGGACAGUACGCCAUCCCACAUCCAGAUCAGUUGAGCAAGCUUCACCAGUUGGCUAUGCAGCAAACCCCCUUUACCCCCCUCGGACAGACCACCCCUGCCUUCCCCGCAGCAGGUCUGGAUGCCAGUAACCAGGCCAGUACUCAUGAACUCACCAUUCCCAAUGAUCUAAUAGGCUGCAUAAUCGGACGCCAGGGAACCAAAAUCAACGAGAUCCGUCAGAUGUCUGGGGCGCAGAUCAAAAUUGCUAACGCCAUGGAAGGGUCAUCGGAGCGCCAGAUUACCAUCACAGGGACCCCCGCCAACAUCAGCCUGGCUCAGUACCUCAUCAACGCAAGGUUUAGAGACGUGGCGGCUAUGUGGAACGACCCGUCAUCCAUGACCACAUCCUGAGAUCCCUGACUGGCUCCUCCGUUUGGCCCUUUUCAAUGACUGACCACCGCAGACAACCCUGACGAAGCCUUUCGGACUCUGGCCUCUCCGAAAACCCUGACCGCCUCCUUUACCCCGGGGGGUUCUUGGCGCUCGCUUCGAUUUCCGAGAGCCAAAAUUAUAUCCAGAGAAAAAAAAAAACAGGAACAAAACUCUCUGUUGAUUAGAUUUUCUUUUCUUAGAGAACUGUUGAAGCAUGUUGAAUGUUUACUAGGAACGACUUGUGUUAAUCUUCUUUUGUCUGUUGCUUUCUGUCAGUGCUGAGUCAUAGAACAUUUAAGGUAUAAAAAAAAAGACUGAACAUUUUUGUAGAGCGUAGAUAUUUAGGUGAUGCUAUCGGCGGCGUGUGUGGUGGGAUGUAGCCAAACGAUCCCAUACUUUUGUCCUUCUUUGCAUGUUCGUCUCCGACCUUCCUGAGCCAACGGUGUCGCUCCCUCUUUAGAGUUCAUUCCCUCCAUUUACAUUUCUGCUAACGUUGCAUGUUUUCAGUGUCGUAUCGUCGCGUGUUUUUGAGUAGACGGCGGUCCUUCGUCUUUCCGUCGACUUUUUCAGGAUUCCUGACCGAUCACGUCUAGUCCUACUCCCUGCCCGGACUAAGAAACUUCCCAGCGUAGCCUCCUCUUCUCAACACCAAUAUCUAGUACUUAGAUGCAUGAAUGGGAAUUAGUGAAAAAUCAGUGGCGAAGACACUGACGGACAAUUUUCACGAUUGUUUACUAACUGUAUUUGUUUUGUAUAACGGACUAAUGCGAUUUAGCUCAUUAGUCAACUACGCGGCGCUCAUGCAAUAGACUCUACUCAACACUUUACUCUGGACUGCCUCUGACGCGGGGAAUUGGUCGGACUUACAAGCCGGGUUUUGCGUUCGAACUUCGGCUUCCUUCUCUAACGUCAAAUUUUUUUUAGCUAAAAGGCUUUACGAGAAGGAUGCCGAACUGUAACAGAAAAAAAAAAAAAAAAAAAAAAUCGUUUAGCCGAAUGGUAAUUUUUGGGGCCAAGGAAUGUUCAGGGGUUCAUUGGAGGGAACCCACAGGGCCUGGGCGGACGUGACCACUCAGUCUCUUUUCACGAUUGUUCAUCUCGUCAUGUUCUUUUUCAUCGUCAUGCGUUUGAUUUGACGCUUUAGGUUUGAAUGUCUUUUUAUUGUUAAUACUAUGUCAACGACUUUAUUGUUUUAAUUUAAAAAAAAAAAAGGACAAGAUGGAUGACAGCUGUACUUGCUGAUUUUCCAUUAAGCUAGCUUGUAUUUAUCUAUGGUAUAGUGACGCAGGUAUGACUUUUGUUCUGUAAUUAUGAAACGUAAGCUAAGUUGGUUAUGCUGUAUUGGUACUAAUAUUCGGUGAGCUUCGGUACUUCAGCCGCUUUUACUGGUUUUGAAUGCACUCUAAGUUUUGGACCAUCUCCUCUCCGAGUCUCAGUCGAGCUCAGUUCAGUGUUGACACAUGCAAACAGCUGUUGAAUGUUACUGCUGAGUCACAUUAGCUACAACCCAACCCGGAACCAUUCUGCAGUCACACGAAACCUACUGUUUCUUUACUAACACAACUUUUGUUACAUUCUGAGCAGCGUGUUCUUAGCUUAAAAGUGGAGUUUGACAUUUUGUGAAAUAUUUUGUUUGUACUCUGAUAUUUGAAAAAACGCAGAUUUUAUGUUUGUCUUUGCAACUGCUAGCACUAAGCUAACCUAGCUAAACCUCGUGGACGAAAGCUAGUCGAUCUGUAGAAACUAUAAAAACUUUGUUUAAAUUGAUUAAAUGUGCGUAAUCUUUGUUUAUUAAUGUUAGUGAUAAAUGCCCGAUUUGCAAAACAGUAGAUGGAAACAUACAUUAACUAAUUAGCUACUAUAGCAAGCUUAGCUAUCAUAGAGCUCCUGUUGACAUUUGUAGUUUUGUGUACAUUUUUUUUUGUUUACAUAGGAUUUAAUAUUAGUUAAAAAAUUGGCAUUUUUUCUUUUUUUGUGUGUUUGCAUUUUUUUUACAGAAACACUUCUAAAUGUUCCCCGUUUUUUUUACACUGCUAGCUAGCAGCUAAAAAGCUAAACAAUUUAACCUGUCUGUUAUUAUUUUUUUUGCUAAUCUUUUAAAAAAGGCACAUUUUUUUAUGUUUCUAUUAUUUUUUUGUUUACAUCUUUCGAAAUUGCUGCCACUCUCGGAUGGAACAACCCCUAGUGAUGCUAACUUAGUUAGCUUUCAUUUAUAACUUUAGCUGAUUCGAGCCAAAAGUAAUAUUUUUUUUCUGUAUACUUUUGACAUUUAUUUUAGCCUUCUGUAAAAAUAUAUGACGUAAAAAUUCACAUUUUUCCACUUACUUUUAUGAAAAGUAGUCUAUCUUGUAAGCUUUGUUUAGUUGCUAGCAUGUGUUAGCUAAAUUAGCAUUGUGCUAAUUUGGCACACAGGUUAUUAAACUAUGAAACUAGUUGUAUUAUUUUUAGUUAGCAACAUUUGUUAAAGUAAAACUUAAAGUAUGUAAGUUAAAGUUAAGUUAAGUUAAGUAUGUAAGUUAAAACUUACAUUGCUAGCUACUUACCUACUUUAGCAACUUUAGCUAUUGUAGCAUUUUUUUCUAUUUUUGUCAAGUUGUAUCUAAAGCUUUUUUCCCCUUAAUAUGGGCUUUUUUCUUAGUUUAAAAAUGUUAUUUUUUUUUUUAUGAAACUCCUCUAAAUUUCCUCUAAUUCUUUAAACUGCUAGCUAGCUGCUAAAAAGAUAAACAAUUUAUCAAUUUUAUUAGUUGUUUGUCUUAAAAAAGAUAUAUUUAAUUUUUUUUUUUGGUUAGUUACAUUCUUUUUAGUUGACAUAUUUUUAAACUGCUUCCACUGCUGAUUAACAUCAAGAGCCUAUAAAGUAGAUAUAAAUGAUGAUGCUAACUCAGCUAGCUUUUGUUAUUUACUUUAAUUGUUUCUACCCAAUAUUAUUGAUGUAUUUCUUUGAACAUUUUAAAUAUAUCUUAGUUAAAAAUAUACAGGGAAAAAAAAAAUUACUUAAUUUUUUUCUCAAGGUCUGUUGUUGCUAGCAGGCGUUAGCUAAAUUAGCAUGGUGCUAAUUUUGGCCCACAUUAUAAACUGUAGGAGAAACUGGCUACUUUAUUUUGAAAUAGUUAGCAACAUUUAUUAGUUAAUACACUUGGUCAGUUUUAAUAAAUUUAGCUUCCUGUUCAAUCUCCCGUAUUUGCUAAUACUCGUUUGCUAGGUUAGCUUGGUUCUAGCGGGAUCGUCGUUUGUUGGCGGACAGACUGUAAACAUUUUAUUUGCUUAUUCUAGCUCAUUUUGCUAAAACCGUUUCCAAAAUGUCUCUUCUUGUGACUUUUAAGCACUUUGAUGGCAUAAAUGUGAUAAUGUAAAUGGACCAAAUGCUGUUUCAAUCUACUGAAGGAUGCAUCGUCA